UAUCAUUAAUUAUUUAUUAAUGUCGAUAAACUACAAAAUUCCCAAUAAUCAAGUCAUCCAAAAAAACCCACAAAUUAAACCCCAAUCCCUCGUUCACUAUAAAUUGCAAACCUUCUCUCAAUAAAUAAUCACUGCAAAUAAAAAAGUAAAAAAAAAAAAAAAAAAACCCACCAAAUGGAGAAAACAAUUAUUUUCGCCUGCAUUCUCCUCCUCUCAACAUGCACCACACCAGCAUUUUCAAAGUACUACCGCGAGAGCGAGGCGUACAAGCCGGUCCUGAAGAAGACACAGCUCCGUUUCUUCAUCCACGACAUCCUAAGCGGAUCGAAGCCCUCGGCGGUUCGCAUCGCCGCCCCGAACACGACCGCGUACGACACGGGCAAUCCGACGCCGUUCGGGACCGUCUACGCCAUCGACGACGUGCUGACGGAGGGGCCGGAGGCGACGUCGGCGGUGGUCGGAAAUGCUCAGGGAAUGUAUCUGUCGUCGAGCCAGGGCAAGAAUCUGACGCUGGUGAUGUACGUGGAUCUCGGCUUCACGGCGGGGAGGUUCAAGGGGAGCUCGCUGAGCGUGUUCUCGAGGAAUCCGGUGACGGAGAGCCACCGUGAGAUGGCGGUGGUCGGAGGCAGGGGGCGGUUCAGGCGGGCGCAGGGGACGGUGUUUGUGAAGACUCAUUUCUUGAAUUACACUAAUGGGGAUGCUGUGCUUCAGUAUGAUGUCGAGGUUGUUCAUCCUUGAAGAGCUAGCUAGGGUUAGGGUUUCGGAUUUGGUGUUUUUUUUUUUGGUUGGGGUUUGAUUUGAAGGUUUUGAGUUUUUGUGACUUGUUUGUGGUGAAUUGGAUUUGAUAUUGGUGUAUGGAAAAUCAAGUUGCAAAGUUUGUUUUUCUAUGAUUUUUAA